AUGACAGAUUCGCUAUCAAAGAUAUCAUCAAUGAUAGAAUCAGCGAAGGAACUUACAAUUGAAGCUGCUGUUUCUGCGUCGGCUAGAUUAACCGAUACCCCCAGUGCCUCACGACCACAGGAAAUUUCCAAGUUAUUAAACUCAAGAACUGAUCGAGAGAUAUUGAAUGGGAUGAAAUGUGUUAUAUCAUUAAUAUCUCGAGGUGAAGAUGGAUUACCUUAUUUUGCAGAUGUUGUCAAAAAUAUCACUAAUACUAAUCCUAAAAUUAAACAAUUGGUAAUUAUUUAUUUGAUAAAAUAUGCUGAUGUUGAACCCGACACAGCAUUGCUUUCAAUUAAUUCUAUUCAAAAAUCAUUAAAUGAUAAGAAUCCCGUAUUUAGAGCAAAUGCAAUCAGAUCGUUAGCAGGAAUAAGAAUUCCUUCGAUUGUUCCUAUUUUGGUUUUAAGUAUGAAGAGAACGUCUACUGAUCCAUCAGCAUUGGUAAGAGCUGCCACGGCGAUUUCUAUUGGUAAAGUUUAUCAAUUUUCUGGAAGAUCCAGAAAACAAAUGAUUGAAUAUUUAACAAAAUUGAUUGCUGAUAGUGAAGUAAUGGUUGUAAAUGCAGCAAUCAAAUCAUAUUGCAAAAUUAGAUUGGAUAUCAUUAAUGAAGAGAAAAGAUGGAAUCCAAUUCAUGGGAAUUUCAGAAGACUUUGUGAUUUACUUCCUCAAUUUGAUGAAUGGACACAAUGUUUUGUGAUUGAUUUGCUCACUGAAUAUACCAGAAACUUUUUACCUUCAUAUGAUGCUUCAGGUGGGAUUUUGGACACUGAUCUUGAGUUGUUUUUAGAAGCAAUGAAACCGUUGGUUCAAUCUACUUCUGAGUCAGUUAUUUUAAGUAUUUCUAGAUCUGUGUAUCUUAUUGGUCCAGUAUCUACGUUCCAGGAUUUUCAACUUGAUGUCAUAUUGACAAGAAUCGCAACUAUGUAUAGUGCACAGCUGGAAGUUGCAUUGUUUGCAUUAGAAGUAAUUGCUUUUAUUAGUAACACCCAUCCACUGAUCUUUGAACCAUAUUAUAAAGGUUUCUAUUUAGUACCAACAGAUCUGAUGGAUGUCUCAAUCAGCAAACUACAAAUUUUAUCUUCGUUGGCUACUCCAGACAACUUCAAGUAUAUUUUUGAAGAACUUAAAUACUAUGCUAUUCAUUCACUGGAGGACUCGGUAGUAUCCAAAGAAGCAAUAAAGUCAAUGGGUAGGUGUUCUCGAUUGUCCUUAGAAUGGAGCCAAAGGAUUUUGAACUGGUGUUUAGCUAAGAUAAAACAUACCCAGGGAGAAACAUUAAACGAACUUUUGACCGUGAUUCGUUAUUUGAUUCAACAGAAAAGUGAUUCCAAAGAUAGUUUAGAUAAGCAAGAAGUCUUAAAGACAACCUACAGAUUGGCGGCUAUCUUGGAAGACAACCUGGUUGAGUUGGAAACUGAAGCAAGAGCAAGUAUUAUUUGGAUCAUUGGAGAAUACACAGCACUUGCGGAAAAUGCAUUAGCUCCUGAUGUUUUGAAAAGUUUGCUUAAAUCAUUUUCUGAAGAAGAAGACAUUGUUAGGUAUCAAAUAUUAAUAUUAUCAGCAAAGAUUCUUGUUUAUGAAAUGAUGAAACUUAAAGAUUCUGGUGGAGAUCAAUUUCAAGCAUAUGUUGAAGAGCAAUUAGGCAAUAGCAUUGAGUAUAAAAUGUUUCAACAUGUAUUGCAUCUAGCCAAAUAUGAUUCUUCAUAUGAUACAAGAGACCGUGCACGUAUGUUAAGUGUACUUUUGUCAGGCAUUGAUAGAGCACAAUUGGCGUCUUUGUUUUUGCAAGUGCCUAAACCAGUUCCAUUUGUUAGUUCUCGUAUAAGUGAUAAUGAAAGAAUGAAAACAAUCAUAGAAUAUUUUAAAGUUGUUGAUUGGGCAGAUCCAGGUAAACUCCCACCAAAGUCCAUUAGAAAGGAAACUCCGAUAGAGGUGAAUAAAUUGGGCGCCAGUGCGUUUGCAUCUUCGUCAUCUAUUGAUAGAGCCAAAUCACCAAGUCCAAUAUCCGACCAUGCAUUUUCAUCAUCACAGCAGAUGACUAGUAGAGUACCGGCCAAAAAACCACUGGAGCCUUAUAGAUUACAAAGUUUGGAUGAAUUUUUUGGAAGUGAGGAAAGCUCCUCGGAAGAAGAAGAAGAAGAAAGUUCUUCAGAGGAAGAGAAUGAUGAAGAAGAAAGUGAAGAGGAUGAACUGGAUGUAGACGCGGUUGCACAGCUGAGUCACAAUACAAAGCAUGGUGAAGAAGAUAAUGCUGAUGAUGAUGAUGACGGGUAUGACGGAACUAGUUCCGAUGCAAGUAGUUCUAGGUCACUAAUUAAGUAA